AUGGACCCGCUCUUCAACACCACCGACUGUAACGGAACCAACGCCUCCAUGAACUGCAGCGACGGCUACAACCAGUUCAUCCAGCCAGCGUGGCAGAUCACCCUGUGGGCUGUCGCUUAUUGCAGCAUCGUUGCGGUGUCUGUGGUUGGUAACACUGUGGUCAUUUGGAUUAUUCUGGCCCAUAAACGCAUGAGAACCGUGACCAAUUACUUUCUGGUGAACCUCGCCUUUGCUGAGGCGGCCAUGUCAGCGUUCAACACAGUGAUCAACUUUGCCUACGCCGUGCACAACGAGUGGUACUUUGGUCUGGUUUACUGCCGCUUCCACAACUUCUUCCCCAUUGCAGCCAUAUUUGCCAGCAUUUACUCCAUGACCGCCAUAGCCCUGGACAGGUACAUGGCCAUCAUCCACCCCCUGCAGCAGAGGCUGUCUUCCACAGAGACUCGCGUGGUGAUCGGUGUGAUCUGGAUCCUGGCUCUGCUUCUGGCCUUCCCUCAGUAUUACUACUCAGCAACAACAGUACUGCCCGGACGUACAGUCUGCUUCAUAGACUGGCCUGAAUACAGCACCGUGGACUUUAAAAAGAUCUACUACGUUUGUGAGACACUGUUAAUCUACUUCCUGCCCCUGUGCAUCAUGGGAUGGGCCUACAUGACCGUGGGCGUCACCCUCUGGGCGAGUGAGAUUCCCGGAGACUCGUCUGAACACUACAAAGAGCAGCUCAUUUCCAAACGCAAGGUGGUGAAGAUGAUGAUUGUGGUGGUGUGCACGUUUGCUGUCUGCUGGCUGCCCUAUCAUAUCUACUUCUUACUGCACCAGUUCUUCCCCGAGCUGUUUGAACAGCGCUACAUCCAGCAGGUGUACCUGGCUGUCAUGUGGCUGGCCAUGAGCUCCACCAUGUACAACCCCAUCAUCUACUACUGCCUCAACAGCAGGUUCAGAGCAGGUUUCCAGCAGGUGUUUUGUUGCUGUGCUCCCACUGUCGCCAAAGAGGAGCUGGAGCUCAAAUCCCCCCGUUACCUGCAAACCCAGGUGAGCACAUACCGAGCCAGCCGGAUGGAGACUGCUGUUUCCACUACUGUCAAUCCUGUAGAGGAGCAAAAGAUUGCAGAGCGGCCAUCCUGCUCUCCUGACAUGGAGGUCACACCCAACGGCUCUGUCUCAUAAAUGCUUCCCAAGAGCUCUCACAUUUCUUCACAGAAGACCAAACACCAUUAAGAACUAUGUAGUGUUCUGUAGCGUGGAAGAAAGAGUGCCGAUGUCUGAGUAAACAUGCCACUGGUCAGGGACCUUUCUGCUCAAAUGCUGAAGACAUUUACGCUUCUUUUGUACAGGUUAUGUAGCUGUGAUUUAUUGGUCCAACCACAUGGAUAGUUGUUAAAAAAAAAUAUCUGGCUGCCUUCAGCAUCUACUCUUCAAUAGAAGUCUCACUAGUUUGAGACAUGAGGCCUACCAGAGGCUGUGGAAACACAUCAGCAGACCUCACACUGCUAGAGCUCCUCACUCAUCAUAUGUCCAUGUCUCCGAGUCUUGACCCCCUGCAUUCCCAAGCUGGUUGUGGAAAUCCAGGCCGUCAUCUCCUCUCUGCAACAAUGUUACGUCAAGUCAAUUUCAUGGCACUGUGUUUGUGUUGCGUGGAAACAGGGGAACAGCUUGUAAACUGUGUGUGUGAGUAAAGCCUGCACCUGUUGGACAGGAUUAGCCUCUUGUUUUGACGAUGUGUGGAGCCGGGUUCUGUUUGCAACAGCCAGGUCACAGGCCAGCUAAAUAUAAAGGAGGGAACACGGGAAUAGAGAGAAAUGUAGCUGGACUGAGACUUGAGUGCAGGAAUGAAAAGGACAGGAGCAGCUCACACGGCAAAGGACCGGGGGAAUUUAAUCAUCAGCCCUGACAAAUGAUGCUGUGAUGACCUCACAAACAAUAUCUGCACAAAACCUGUGACAGAAUGUCCACAUUAAGACAGCUGCAAAUGUGUUGUACAA